AUGCCAUUAGAGCACUUUGGCAGGGGCUCUUGGCCCUCGUACCAAAAACGGCCGCUCAGUGACAUAAACACUGGCGCAGCCAUGAGCCGCGCCUCGCCCGACGAGCCCGACGGGGCCAUGGCACGUAUGCAGCUCCGUGACGGUGAUCAAGACCACGACGAAGGCGUGUUGUCCAAGCUCACGGGCGUCAGUCGCUCGGUGAGCUGGGGUCGUGGCACAUCCAAUCGCAUGGCAGCGCAGAAUCGUCCUCAUCAUGAGCGAUCACAUCGGGCGGCCGCCUCGCUGUCCAUGUCAUCGUCCGACGCACUGGCCGAGAGUCCCGCCGACUCAUCGAGUCCUUUGUCGUCUGCGGCGCUUUCACUUCGAUCUUUAUCCAAUGAUACUUAUCGCCCCUAUGAAAUGUCUGCUAUGUCCACAUCCCCUCAACCCGCGCAAAAGGACUGGCAGUCACAGGCUCCCAGCGUCCCUGUGGUGCGUGUCGAAUCGAAUGCUGCGCCCAGCACGUCAUACCCCCAGCAAGAUUCACCGCCUGUACUGGAAGCUCCUUCUCCACGUCAUGCACUCGGCCUUGGCCCUCCCGACAGAGACGACCAGCCUGUGCGUCGACACAUGGGCUCCUUUUACCUGCGCAAACAGUCGUCGAAUCCUGACCUCUCGCAUUCGCUGCAAUCCCUAAGCUCUGCUGGCGAGGAAGAUAUCAACGAUCCGCAGUCUGGCUAUGUGCAAUUCUUUUCACGCUUUUACCCUGAUCACCGGCCAUUCGGCUCACGCAGCGGCGAUACGUCGCCGUUGUUAAGUCCGCCACCAAUGCGCAUGCGGUACGAGCUAGGCGAUACCCGACGCAGCUUCAAUGCAGGGCGUCCCAACUAUGCGAUGCAGCCAUUUCGGAUCUCGGCACACAAGGCACUGCCACGCCCACCGCGCUCGCCGAUGAUGUCGGCGGUGUCUGUGAGUCAUAAUGACGACGACGUCAGUGAGAUACACGGCUUAACGACGCGUGCAUCCACGCCCAUAUCAUACCCCUCCGCCCCGCACGGCCCGGAGCCACCGCCUGAUACGCAUGCUCCGACCCAGCGCUUGGCCACGCUCUCGACCCCCGAAGUCCACACCAUCGAUGCUUACGAUAUCGGCGAUUGCAUGGGCAGCGGGGCUUAUGGCUUUGUUCGACGAGCACGAUGUCGUGAGAAUGGUGACGAGGUUGUGAUCAAGUACAUCAUCAAGAGCUCCAUUUUUGCUGAUUCAUGGCGUCGGCAUCGGGUCUACGGCACCAUUCCCGGCGAAAUUUUCGUGUUGCUGCAGCUACAGCACACGGCGUACACACCGCCGGCCACACCGCCGCCUUACCUAACAAACAAAGAGCACUGGCAGCAUGUACGUGACGAGAUUCUGGCCAUGCAGCGACAGGGACGCGUAACAGGCCACCCAGGUAUUUGCAAGCUCCUCGACUUUUUCGAGGACGAAGAAUUUUACUACAUGAUCAUGCCGCGCUUCGGUAACGGACAAGACUUGUUUAAUUAUGUGGAAUCCUCACCGUAUGGUCUCGAGCCACAGCAGGUGCGCAAUUUCCUUGGCCAAGUGGCCGAUGUUAUUGCGUUUAUGCAUGCGAACGGCGUUGUGCACCGCGAUAUAAAAGACGAGAAUGUCAUUCUUGACUCUUACGGGAUGGUGCAGCUGAUUGACUUUGGCGGCGCAGCGCGCGUACGUCCAGAUGCGAUGUUUGAUACGUUCAGUGGCACCAUGGACUACGCUGCCGUCGAGAUUCUGCGUGGCGAAAAGUACACCGGGCCACCGCAAGAUGUAUGGGCGUUUGGUGUGCUAGGCUAUGUGUUAGUAUGUGGCGAAUGCCCCUUUGCCGAUGUGGAUGAGGCCAGCACCGGGCUCUCGCCAGGCUCUCGUGCGCUCCUUGUGCUCCAGCACUUUUGCCACGAACAAAGUCACGAUGCGUCAAGUGAUGACGAUAUACCCUCGUCCGACGGUGGCGGUGAUUUGUCGCAGCUGUGUGAUUUGAUCUGUCAAUGUCUGCAGCCAGAUCCGUUUGCCAGGCCCCCUGCUCAUGAGAUUCUACGACACGCCUUCCUAUUCGGAGCCCAUGGUUGGAGUGGCCUGCGUGGCUGGCAAGCCGAAUCUCGGCCUCGUUUCGAUAGCUCAUAG